AUGUGGCAAAGGAGAUUCUUACACCCUUACACUGUGAUGGCAAUAUCCUCCAUCCAAUCAAUCAAUCCACGUGUGAAUUCUCUGUUGGACAACAAGAUCCUAACCUCAUUUAAUAGUUGGGCCACAUUUCAUGCCAGCCAAGGUUUCAUUGAGCCAAAAUGGCUAGCCUACGGUGAGAUCAUCGACGGACGAUAUGCCAUGUUGGGAGCUGUUGGUGCCAUUGCACCAGAAAUUCUUGGCAGUGCUGGGCUCGUACCUCCAGAGACCGCCCUUCCUUGGUUCAGGACUGGGGUGAUCCCACCUGCCCGGACAUACAACUACUGGGCAGAUCCAUUCACACUGUUUUUGUUGGAGAUGGCACUCAUCGGAUUCGCAGAGCACAGAAGAUUCCAGGACUGGGCAAAACCAGGUCCCAUGGGCAAGCAGUACUUCUUGGGGUUUGAGAAAUAUUUGGGAGGGUCUGAAGAGCCAGCCUACCCGGGUGGACCCUUGUUUAACCCACUUGGGUUCGGGAAAGAUGAGAAGUCGUUCAAAGAUUUGAAGUUGAAGGAGGUGAAGAGUGGCAGGUUGGCUAUAUGUCGGCCGUCUUGUGUGACUGGAGUUGGACCAUACCAAAACCUCUUGGAUCACUUGGCUGAGUAG